CAUCACCACCACCAUUAUUCUAAAUGACCAUUUUACCCCUCUUCCUUUUCUUCUUCUUUCUCCCACCACCAUCCCUCUCCCAACAACCACCACCACCACCAACCUCAUCAUCAUCAUGCCCUCUUAACUUCACCAUCCUCUACACCCUCACCGGCACCGGAAACACCCCAACCUCUUACUCCGCCGCCUCCGGAACCACCGUCACAAACACCAAGUGCCAGUUCAUCCGCCAAUCCUUCCGCCUCCUCCAGUCCGACCUCCUCCGCCGCACCGACAACUUCAUGCCACCCCUCUCCGCCUCCCUCUCAUGCUGGUCCAACUUCCAAUCCUACAUCAACUCCUUCGACCCCACCUUCCAUAUUCAAUCCUCAUGCGGAUUCUCCAACGCUUCAAUUUCCCAAGGUUGCGUCAACAUCACCACAAGGCAACGCUUUGAAUCGUUGGUAUCCUCUUCCGUGCUUCAAAAUGUGGAUACUAGUUGUAACCAGUCCCUUGAGAAUAACUCGCCAUGCGCACUCUGCACUACAAGCUUGUCUUCUUUACCAGCUUCUGGUAAAUCUCUUGGGAACCUCAGUGAUUGCACUUCUCUGCCUUCUGUUUAUGCUGCUGCUUUUAGCAACGCUUUUGGCCCUUCUAACCCUGGCACUGCAAAGUGCUUGUUCUCCCUUGAUUUCACACCUCUCGGUGAUUCUAACAACAAGAAGAACAAGAAGAAGAUUGUUGUUUCUGUCGUUGUCACCUUUAUUUGUGUUUCGGGUUUGGUUUUCGUGGUUUUGGGAUUGUGGAAGUUGAAUGAAAAGUUGAGUGGUAAAAAUGUUAGUGUUGCUGAAAUGGGUUUGGUUUCUUCUUCAAGUGUUAUGGGUUUGGAUUAUUCUUCUAUGGAUCAGAGCACUACUUUGAUAAGAUUCAGUAUUGAGGAUAUUAAGAAAGCUACUAAGAAUUUCUCAAGAGAUAACAUAAUUGGAAGAGGAGGUUAUGGCAACGUUUACAAAGGGUUGCUAAAUGAUGGAACUGAGGUUGCAUUGAAGAGGUUCAAGAACUGUUCUGCUGCUGGUGAUUCCAGCUUCAAGCAUGAGGUUGAGGUUAUUGCAAGUGUUAGGCAUGUGAAUCUUGUUGCAUUAAGAGGAUAUUGCAGUGCCACAACAAAUUCAGAAGGGUACCAAAGAAUCAUUGUUUGUGAUUUAAUGAAAAAUGGUAGCCUUCAUGACCAUUUAUUUGGCGGCGGUUCUUCUUCAUCAAUUGGGCUUAAUAAUAAGCUAAGUUGGCCAAUUAGGCAAAAGAUUGCACUAGGAACUGCUAGAGGAAUUGCUUAUUUGCAUUAUGGUGCUCAACCUUCCAUAAUUCAUAGAGAUAUCAAAGCAAGUAACAUUCUUUUAGACGAAAAAUUCGAGGCUAAGGUAGCCGAUUUCGGUCUAGCAAAGUUUAAUCCUGAAGGUAUGACACAUAUGAGCACAAGGGUAGCAGGAACAAUGGGUUAUGUGGCUCCGGAAUAUGCUUUGUAUGGUCAAUUAACAGAGAGAAGUGAUGUUUUCAGCUUUGGUGUUGUGCUUCUUGAGCUUCUAAGUGGAAAGAAAGCACUUUCAAUGAGCAAUGACGGUCAACCUUCUGCGUUGACCGAUUGGGCAUGGUCAAUGGUUAGAACAAACAAGGCCUUAGAUGUGAUUGAAGAUGGAAUGCCAGAACUUGGGUCACCCAAGAUUCUUGAGAAAUAUGUUUUGAUUGGUGUGCUCUGUUCUCAUCCUCAAUUGUAUGCUAGGCCUACUAUGGAUCAAGUUGUUAAGAUGAUGGAAACGGAUCAAAAUGUUGAAGAUAAUGAGGAAUCCAUGGUGCCGGCUAUACCGGAUCGGCCGAUCCCUCUGGUGGCCGGAAGGAUUGAUAUAGAGAGAUCGGCCAGUAGUAGGCGGCUAUCUAGUCCUACAGGGUACCAAGCUUAUACAAUUGGAAGUGAUAAGCAUUCUUCUAAUAACUCUAAGGAAGAUGGAAGUUCAAGCUCCAAGAUUUUAAGUAUAGAAGAAUGAGAUUUUUCUUCUUCAAAUACUGGCUAGUUUUAGCAUCAUUUUGUUUAUACAUUUAUAAUUUGAUUUCUUUUAUCUGUUAUAGAAUCAAAUGUACAUAUUUUGAUA